CAAUAAAACUCUCCAAAGUCUCAAAACUCCUGGCAACAAAAACAUGAGGAAGAUUUAAAUGAAAAAGCACAAACUGAUCUGGAGUUGUAAAUGUCAGCGUGUGUCUGAUAACGACUGAGAGCGGGAGAUUUAUGACGGAUCUUUGUGGACAAAUCCUAUCCUGCCUUUAACUUACAAGCCUGAAUGAAAGGUUCAACUCUUUCACAUCUUGAGAACAAUAAGGAUGAUUUAUUCACUUGUAGGCGACAGACUGCUCAAAACAAUCCAACAUUGAUCACCCACUGCAGGAUUCUUCAUCCGCGGGCCAAUUUGUCACUCCGUUUAAAGGCCUCCAUGCAUGCAGCUUGAGAAACAUAUCGCCCUAAUAAAAAGACCAGAUUCCAGAGUAAUGUCUGUGUUUCCAGGAGCAUGUUGGAGAGUCCUUGGAGGAGCCUGUUGAGGAGCGGAUGUGAGCGAGGGCAUUUACUGAGCCCCGGGCUGUGAGAAGGCUUCAUAUAAAGGCUGAGCAGGAUAAGCUGACACUCAGACCGGUGGAGCCCUGCUCAUCUUACAGAAUACUUCCCCAACCGACUGACUAAAGCCGACACAGCACGUAGUGUUCAGGUGAGAGCAGAAUGAGCAUCCGUGGAGCAGUGGGCGUUUGCGUGGUGCUGGUGUGCCUGAUGGCCUUCCUGGUUGAGAGGUCACAAGGUCACAUCACAUUCUUCAGCCCCAAGGAGCUUUUGCACAUGAGGGAUCAACAGGGGAAGAAAGACAUGAAACCUCGAUCAGAGGAGUUUGAUGAAGUCAUCCUGGAGCAGGUUCCUCAGAUGGAAGCAAACAAUGAUAACACACUGGAGUUGGGAGUCCGCCUUUCACCCAGACAGCUGAACUAUGUGGCUCCGGUCAUCAAAGAAAUCAUUCAUGAGAUUGUGGAGGAGCAUCAGAAAGCCAAAUAGCGAAGCGGAUGCUGUGAACGCUGCAUAAACUCUACAGAAAAUGACAAAACCAAACAUGAAGGCUGAAAAAUUGUGUUUUAUUAAAUCUUCUAAUAAAGACAUGUGAUUCUAUCAA